GGGGGGGAGGCGGCGCGCGGCGGCCAGUGGGCGCCCGCGGUUCCCCAAGACCCGCCCCGGCCGGGGGUGGGGGUGGGGUGGCGCGGGCCGCGCUUAAAAGGCGGGGACGCGCCAGCCGCAAGAUUUUUCCUCGACAGAUCGUGCCGCAGUCCUCUCCCUCUCUCGCGCCGCCUGCCUCCGCCGGCCCGAUAACCGCCUCACCGCCUGCCUCCUCCGCGCCGCGCCUCCCGGCUCUCGCUGCCGCCCGCCCUCUCCGCUCCCCUGGACGAGGUAAAGCGCCCCGGCCGAGCCGCCCGGUCCUCCGCGCUAGCCCCGGUGGGUGUGGCUCGGCCUCCCGCGCGCCCCGCCGCUGCCGCCGCCCCCUGCUCUUCUCGCUGCCCCCAACUCCCCAUCCCACCCCAGCCCGCAGGCCCAGGCCCCCAGCUAGUCCCGAUGUCCGAGGCUGCCGGGAAUCUCAAUAGCCUCCGCAUGGCGAACGUGGCCUUGCGAGAAGAAUUAAAUGCCCUUCGCGGGGAGAAUGCCAACUUGGGCUUCCAGCUCGGCAGAGCCCUGGCCGAGGUCAAUUCCUUGCGGGGCAAUGUCUCGAGCUACAUGCGCUGGCCGAUGCCAGUGAUGCCCGUCCUUGCCGAGGAGAACUUUGAGUUCCCGCUCAGUGAGAUUGACGCUGUUCCCGAGGGAGAAGUGCCCUUCCUGUGCUGGCCUCCGCAGCGCGCCGAGCCCGAGUACGCCCCGGACGAACUGUUGAUUAGCGUGAUCCAGGAUUGCGGCACCUCCGGAGGGCCCGCCGACCCGCCCACGAUGCCCAGCCCGCCCCCGCCGGCGCUGCCCCCGCCCCCGGCCAAGGAGCUGCCCCCGCAGCCUCCUCUGCCGCCGCUGGAGCGGCCCGAGAUAGAGCCCUUUUCGGGCGACCCAGUCUACCUGGCUGAAUUCCUGAUGCAGCUAGAGACUUUCAUAGCCGACCAUGAGGAUCAUUUCCCCGGGGGCGCUGAGCGGGUGGCCUUUUUGAUCUCUUUUUUCGCUGGCGAAGCCAAGGACUGGGCUGUCUCAGUCACCCAGGAAGGAAGCCCCCUGCAUGCCAACUUCCCGCGCUUCCUAGAUGAAAUCCGUAAGGAAUUCUGUGGCCCCAUCCCCCCAAGUGUGGCAAAAAAGGCCAUCCGCAAGCUCAAGCAGGGAGACUGUACCCUGGGCAGCUAUGCAGAUGCUUUUCAGUUCCUCGCUCAAUUCCUCUCUUGGGAUGACUGCCGCCUUCAAAAUCAAUUCCUCAAAGGCCUGUCAGAAUUCUUCCGCAAGGAGCUCUUAUGGUCAACUGAAAUGGCCGACCUGGACGAGCUGAUUCUUGAGUGCGUGGAGAUAGAGAGAAAAGUGCGUGUCCCCAAGCCAAUCCCACUCCCUGGGGUUCGCAAUAUUUUCUUCCCUUUUGCAGCAGACCCUCAUCUCGAAGGUGAGGAGGGAGAAGAGUGUUACAGUGGGGAUGAAGAUGAAGAGGCACGCAGGCGCAGGCUUCAGGACAAGGACCAGCGGUGGCGCGUGAGAGCUGUUCAGCAGGAGACCAGGGAGGAGAAGAGGAGGAAGAGAGAGGAAGAGAUGAGAAAGAAGGAGCUGAAACAGAAAGGGGAGGAAGACGAGGAGGAGGAAGAAGUGGAGGAGGAGGAAGAAGAGGAGGAGGAGAUGAGGAAGAAGAGGAAGAAGGAAGAGGAAGAUCAGAAUAAGGAUGAGGAAGAAGAUGAAGAUGAGGGUGGCCGCCAGGAACCAGAGCAGGAGCCGGAGCCGGAGCCAGAACAGGAGCAAGAGACGGAGGAUGAGACCCAAGACGAUGACCUGGAUGAGCUGAUGGAGAUGGAGCCCACCUACGCGAACGCUUCCUCCCAGACUUCUGGCUACUAUCAUGAAAAUUUCCUAGAUGUGUCACCUCCCAUCAUACAGCCCAGCAGACGGAGGAACCAGAAUCGAGUCCCACUUUUGGAGGGCCUUCCGGGUACCAAUUCACCCUUCUACAGUUCGCCGCCACUGAUUCGCCGCGCAGGUCGCCUAGGGCAACGCCAAAUUCGCCGCCGUCCCCCAGUGCUAUUCCGCCUCACUCCGAGACAGGGGGGCCACCGGGCCGCACGGGGCCGAAUCCGCGUGUGAGCGCUGGGCCAAGCUGGCCCCCCAGGAACACACCCUUCCACUGCAUCCCCUGCCCCCUGCUUUCGCUGCCACCCCUGCCCCCUUCACUGACCAGUACUUAAGGGCGUUCCAGACCUGCCAAACCCGAAGAAGACCUGGAGAACUCCAGACCAUCCUUUGACCAUGACCAGGAAGUAACAUAUGUGCGACCAAGGCCAUCUGGGAAAGGAGGGCUCAGCGAUAGCUGUCCUCUCCGCACACACGCUGCUCAGUCCUGCCAUGAGCCAGAGAGCAGGUUUCUGGGCCUGUUCCCAUAUAUGAACUGGUCACCCUCUCGUAUUUCCCCUCUAGCUGUUCCCAGCCCUCACCUCUCCAGCGUUGAUUCACCCCGUGUCCUACGGUUUAAUCCUCUGACUGGCCAACCAGGACUUCACCCAAUGCCUCACUGAUCUGCCCCAGUGAGCCAAAGGACAGGCUCCACUGAACUCCUAAAGCCACUGAGGCCACUUACAAGGGAUAAGUGGCAGAGAGCAGGAGAAAUGUACCCAGAAUCCUACACUUGCUUUGGGUCACACCUUUAGCAGAAGGGCCCCAAAGAGGCCCCUGCAUCUAGCCCAGUGAGAGUAUGCAAAACCACAUGUCCAGUGGAACACCCAUCUGAGACCCAUACUUGACUGACUGAGCAAGCUGGUUCCAUUUUCCAAAAGACUACGGGCUCAGGGCCUCAGGACUCACCAGAUCUGGGACCCUCUUGUUUUACUCCCCUGCCCUCCUGGGCAUCCUUAGUGGACAGAGCCCAAUGUUCCAGGUCCUACCCCUUUCCUUGAUGUUGCCUAAAGGGUAGGCAGUUGGGGGGGUGGAGGGUUGGGGGAGGAGGAGAAAGCAGCAGCAACGACUCAGUUUGACCUCGAAGGAGUGACUCUUUCCUUAGGGAUGGUGGUAUCCUCCCCAAGCCAGGCCUUGGACUGCAGUCUCCAGCUAAAGGUCUUGGCAGGAGAGCUGUCAUUCUUGGGGUUCCAGAGGUGGCCUAAUUGGCCUUUCCUUCCUGGAUGGCCCAAGAGAGAGAGAGGCCCAAGCCCUGCUCUUCGACUCCAACUUAAAGGACUCCUUAGUUCUGAGAGGAGAGAGGAAGGUUCUCUCUACAGAGACUGCACCCUCUGCAGCCUUGCAGCCGGAAUGACCUUGCAUCUCUCACAUGCGGGGCAAGCCAUGGCCUGGUGCUGGGCAUCCAUCAAGUAGAUGGUGAGGCUUAAGAGGCUGACUGCCUCCUAGUAACUCCUGGGGAUUCUGGGUACUAUCUCAGGGACCCUCCUAGAAAACAUUGCUCCUGCAGUGAAAAAUACACACUAUGUCACUCUGGCCACAGAAUGCCAGCCAGAUGCACUGCUGGCCUGAACUGCCCUCCACACUGGGCUUCCUGCACAGAGCCUGGCAGCCAGAGCGUCUAUGGCCAGAGGGAGGAAAGCUUAGUAAGUUAAGCCUCUGUUCCUCACUGGAGCCUGACAGAUACUCUCAGCCCAGCUUUAGAAUUUUGAACCCAGAGGCAAGAGAAAGGACCUGGAGGAAGAAAAGUCACAGAGCAACCCAGUCCUCCGGCUGGUUUCUGGUGAGGCCUCUGUUCAUCAGCGAAAGCUGUUUCCUCAGGAGAGAGUUCCAGAAGGGGAACCUCUAUUCUCCGAGGCCACAGACCCUGUUUGCUGAUGUCAACACGCUGGCCCUGCUGCCCACGUCCCUGCCAGAGAAGUGCAAAGGACAGGUGCCUUGCACCCUCACCUCCAGGGACCUCUCCGCACAGGCCCUGCCUGUUCCCAUGGUGCUUCUCUUCCUGAGCUCCUGUAUCCUCCACCAGGGAAAGAGCAGAUGAGCAGUGAGCUGGUUUCUGGCCCUUUGGUGGCAAGGGAGCUUGAUCUCCCCUUUGGCCCCUCCCCCCCUUUUCCAGAUCUUCAAUAUUGUGAUGUAACAGCCAUAAGAGCUGUAAGAGGAACUAUGGGCUUUGGGUGCUUUCUUGGGUUGAAAGAGGGGUGGGUGGGGGUGGGGGGCUGCAUGCAGGGGUAUGAAGGCAGCCCAAGGAUUCCCAGAGACCCGGGAGGAAAUCGUUUGGAAUAAAUGUGUUAUUGUGUUAUUGUUGCAUUGCUGUGUCGUGAAGAUAAGAAAUUGUUCUGUAUGCUAAAGCUUCCUCCUCAAUAAAAAGAUAAAGGGUGUGUAAA